UCAGUGUGGGCCCGUUAUUUGUUUUUCAAGCACAAUAAGUGCAGAGAGACGCGUGUGUUUGUUUCUGGAGGACAGGAGGAUGUGUUAAAACGUGUUAAACACACCCAUACACACACAGACAGAGGGUUUGUCUCAACAAAUCCUUCCAGGAGAUUCUAUAGAAGAGGAGGAAUCAGAGCUGACAGCGUUUUGAUCAGGUUCACCUGCAGCACAGGAGUAUGGUGGGCGUCGGCGUCUGGCUGCUGCUCCUGUCCGUCUGUCCGCGGGCGUGGUCGGUGCCCAUAGAGCGCGGCGGUCCUCCUGCACAGGACCCGAAAGCCGAGGAAAACCUGGACACAGGGCUGUAUUAUGAUCGUUACCUGCGGGAGGUGAUUGAGGUUCUGGAGACGGAUCCUCACUUCAGAGAGAAACUGCAGAGCGCAAACUCCGAGGAUAUCAAAAACGGACGCCUCAGUAAGGAGCUGGAUCUGGUGGGUCACCAUGUCCGUACUCGGCUGGACGAGCUGAAGAGACAGGAAGUGUCUCGCCUCAGGAUGCUGCUCAAGGCCAAACUGGACAGUACCAACAUGCAGAGUGUUCAGAUGGAUCACGCGUCAUUACUGAAGCAGUUCGAGCAUCUGGACCCCCACAAUCAGAACACGUUCGAGGCCCGAGACCUGGAGCUGCUCAUCGCUACGGCUACUAAAGACCUGGAGAAUUACGACGUGGAGCGCCACGAGGAGUUCAAGCGUUACGAGAUGCUGAAGGAGCACGAGAGGAGGGAGUACCUGAAGAGCCUGGACCAGGAGAAGAGGGAGAGGGAGGAGAAGCGGCUGGAGGAGAUGAAGGAGAAACACCGCCAGCAUCCCAAAGUCAACGCUCCGGGGAGCGUGGACCAGCUGAGAGAGGUGUGGGAGGAGACGGACGGCCUGGAUCCUCAGGAGUUCAACCCCAAGACCUUCUUCAAACUCCACGACACGAACGGAGAUGGCUUGCUGGACGAGCAGGAGCUGGAAGCGCUCUUCACAAAGGAGCUGGAGAAGGUGUACGACCCGAAGAACGAGGAGGACGACAUGAUGGAGAUGGAGGAGGAGAGGCUGCGGAUGAGGGAACACGUCAUGCAGAACGUCGACCUGAAUCACGACCGGAUGGUCAGCCUGGACGAGUUCCUCAAAUCCACGGAGAAGAAAGAGUUCAACAGCCCGAAGGAGUGGGAGACGCUGGAUGACCAGAAGCCCGUGUACACGGAGGAGGAGCUUCAGCGCUUUGAGGCGGAGCUUUGGGAUAAACAGGUGGAGCUCAGCCGGAGGGCGGAGACCCUGAGACAAGAGCAGGAGCUUCUGAAAGAGAGAGGCAAAGCGCUAGAGGCCCAAAAGAAAGAGUACCAGCAGGCGGUGAUGGAGAUGUCGCAGAGGCAGAAAUCCCAGCAGGCAGCGCGCCAGCCGCCCCCAUCAGGCCCGAACGGAGAACUGCGGUUCCAGCCGGACGUUCAGAACCUGGCUCAAGAACAUGAUCAAGUUGAAAAGGUGCCUGUUGAUCAGAACGGAGACGUCCAGAGAGGCCCGCCUGGUGAACCGCCACAGAACUUUCCUCAACACACACCAUAAACACAUCUAACACACACACACACACACACACACACACACACACACAGUGCUGCUAAACACUCUCCUCAUCGAAACCUCUAAUUACAAUCACCUUUUUUUUUUUUUUUUUGCAGUUUGUCUGUUAGCCGUUUUAUUUCUCGCUCGAUCUAAAGUGAACUCCUCCUCUCCCUCCUCCCUCCUCCCUCCUCCCCCUCCUGACCCGACGCCGAUCUCUCACGCUAACGACGCUCGCCGCGCUCCGACUAGCCGAGUCGGUCCUCCCGUCGCCGUACGGUUGCAGUGCAUUCUGGGUGCACUCUGGUUAUCUUUUAAUGUAAGUGUGUUAGAAGUGUUUUAGUGUGGAGGUGAUGAGUUUACUGUGUUGGAAUUUGCUUUUUUUUGGCAAAUGUGCUAGAUUUGGGUAAAAACCUUUCAUUUCAAAUAUAUAUUAGCUUAGCUGAGUGUGUGUGUGUGUGUGUGUGUGUGUGUGUGUGUGCGCUACAAGUUGAAUGUUGCUAUCACCUGAAGUGAUCUUUAGUGAUGUCACACUCGUGGCAUCGGCCAUCUUGGACGUUCACAAUCGCGUGGUGCAGGUUCCCCCGAGCGCCCGGUUCACUAUGAUGUCACUUCCUGCGCACGUGUUUUUGCUUGUUAUUUUUUCCUUGUCGUAAACCGGAAAUUCUGAGUUCUGACUUUUUUUCAAACGCAGCGUCAAUCUUCAGUGCAAUUUAGUGUGAUGUAUGACUCCGCCCCUAUAUUAUUAAGCCACACCCCCUAAAGGUGAAUUGUGAAAACGUUUAUACAGUUGAAAGUGAUGAUGAUGAUAAUCAAAAAUCGACUUUAAACACCCCAAACACAGAUGUUUUACAAAUUAAUUAAAUAAAUAAGAGUAAAUAAACUAAGGUAACUUUAUAUUAUUUAGGUUAUUUGUGUUAUUUAUGGAUUUUUAGCUGUUUCACCCUGUUAUGCUGAAGAAAUACGAUUUGUAAAGACGUGCCAGCAAUCAUAUACAUCACACUCCCUCACACACACACACACACACACACACACACACACACACAGACACACACACUGAUCAGGCAGUGUGAUUCCUGUGGAUGCUGUUUAUUAUUUUAACUUGUAAUAAAGCUGAAAUCAGAUUCUACACUGA